UUUGUGCCUGUUUAUCUGUAAUUAAAUUUGUUAUUGUUCCAAAGAUCGAUCAAGUAAAAGUACACAGCACAUAAAAUCAUUUCAUUCUUGAAUUUCGAUUAGAAAAGUCGUAUAUAUCUUUCAAUAAUGGAUUGUUGCUGUUGCACUUAUAUUUAUGCAUUCAUUGCAAUUGCAGUUCUUCUGUAUCUGCUUAAGAAAUGGAUUCGUCAGGGAGAAUAUACUAAACCAACAUUAAUCGAUAACAAAAUUGUCAUAAUCACCGGCGCAAAUACCGGUAUUGGAAAAGAAACAGCCAUAGACUUAGCAAAGCGUGGUGGAAAGAUAUAUAUAGCAUGUAGAAACAAAACUCGUGGUGAAAGUGCAUUGGUUGAUAUCCGACGUGAAAGUGGAAGUGACAAAGUCUAUUUCCUUCAACUGGAUCUUGCUUCCUUAAAAUCCAUUCGUGAAUUCUCGAAUAAGUUUCAUCAACUUGAAAGUAAACUUGACAUUUUGAUUAAUAAUGCUGGAGUUAUGGCAUGUCCAAAAUCAUUUACUGAAGAUAAAUUUGAAACACAGAUUGGAACAAAUCAUUUAGGUCAUUUCCUUCUUACAAAUCUUUUGUUGGAUCUUUUGAAAUCGUCAGCACCAAGUAGAAUUGUAAAUGUUUCAUCGAGAGCUCAUGAAAGAGGAGAAAUUUAUCGCGAUGACUUAAUGCUGGAUAGAAGUUAUUCACCAUUAAAGGCAUAUUCACAGAGUAAAUUAGCUAACGUCUUGUUCACCAGAAAACUAGCUAAAGACCUUCAAGGCACUAAAGUUAUAGUCAAUAGCUGUCAUCCAGGUGUUGUUACGACUGAACUUGCUCGUCACUUCCCCGGAAUCGUUCAAUUCAUCAUGUACACGAUCUUUAAAACAUUUUUGAAAACUCCUGUUGAAGGUGCUCAGACCCAAAUUCGUCUCGCAAUUGAUCCUGAUUUAGAAACUGUUACUGGAAAAUACUUUUAUGAUUGUGAAGAACACGAGCCAUCUACUGCUGCUAAGGAUGAUGAAACUGCUGAAUGGUUGUGGAAGAAAAGUGCUGAACUUGUAAGGUUCUAGCGGGUGUAUUCAUUCUAAAAUGGCU